CAAAUAUGUACUGAUUGAAUAGUUUAGUUCGUACAACAAAACUGCACACCAAUUCUUCAAAUUUAUAACAUUUUGUAAAGCUGCGGUAAAUUAUUUUAUAGCGAAGUAUUUAUUCAGGAUGGUAGUAUAGAGUCAAAACUCUUUCGAACUCUGUGACAUUUGUUAUUGUCCAUCACACGGCACAGACGCUAACUGUGAGCGCUGCACAAAAUUGCUUCUGUUAACCAGAGAGUGCUAAAUUUAAUAUGUUUCACGCCUCAUAUUUGUCUCUGCUAUAUUUAUCCUUUCAAACGAAUUCAUCAAACAGUGACAGCGCGGUCUUAAAGCAGAUCAAAAGGGGGAAAUGAGCAGCUUCGUCUCGAUUAGUGGAGCGGAACCACAGCAGCAGCGUGCAGCGUGAUCUGAUGCGCACGUGAAAACACUGCCAGUUACAUACAAACAACGGCAUAUUCACAGAAACUCUAUUUAUACGUGUUCUGCGUUUCUGAUUUGAUUCAAAUCUGUUCUGUUACCGGUUACAGCGGCUUCUCACUUUAAACAGGUGUCUCUUGCCCUGGAUUUAUGUCGUUUUUGGUCUUGUUGGAGUUCAUUGGAUGACAAUGAAAGUCCACAAGGUUCCUUCUCGGUCGCAGAACUCCACGAAACGCCAUGGCAAGAAUAAAUGGCGCAAAAAGAUACACAGACUGGACUCAUCGCUCCUUAAUACAGGUCCUGGGACUGCAAAGUUGGAGCAACAGAUAACCAAAAAGGAGAAACCUGAAUUAAAACGGUUGAAGAAGUCGUAUACGAAGCCUAUCCCUGAAAACAGUUGUGCUGAGGAGAAGAGAAAGGAAAAGGCCACGUCUGGGACUUUUGCUCAUGUCCAUACCAAUGGUGGCACAGAACUGGACGACAGCAGCAGUUCAGUGGACUCUCAAGAAUGGAGUGAAUAUGCCAAUAGUGUUCUUAAGAAUGGCAUGGAGAGUUCAACCUCACCUAAAACAGACCAGAUGGAAGAGGAUGGUCUUCAGUUCCAUGCCCACUUUGAUCGUAUCCACAACCGUGCUGUUUUAGUUAUGAAACAAGGCCAGGUCUUGUGUUUCCGCGGGAAGUGCCUGCUCACUUGCCUCUAUGGUCACGUAGAGGUGCUGGGCUUCACCAUCGAGGAGGGCCAACAGCCUUACCCCCUGUUCUCACCACCGUCCCACUGCCCUCUCACCAUCACGGCCUUAGGAAACAACCCCCCCUCCAGCAAGAACAAGAAAGAGGGUCUGCUGGAAGCAAAAGCCAUUGUUCGCAAAUAUUUCUCUUCAGAGCCAAGUAAAAAGCUCAUGAGUGAGGUGGACUCUGACUCCUGCGUGGUGCUUCUGGAGCCUCUGGACACGCCGCUCACCCGCUUCCUCACCAGCUUCUCAGAGCUCUCAGAGAUCUUUGGCCUCAACUCCAAGGAGCUGAAGUCUCAGGCUGCCGUCUAUAACCCUGUUCUGUCAGCUGUGGGUGUUACAGCUCUGCGUGGACCUUGUGCACAGGGUCUUGUGGUGUCACGUAGCUACAGAGAAGCUAUAAGCAGUUUGCUCAGUGCCUGGGCAGGGGAAUUUGUCCGCUGUCCCAUAAUUCUUGUGUGUGGGGGGAAGUCCUCUGGCAAAUCCACCUUCAAUCGACACCUUAUGAACAGCCUGCUCAAUCACACUGCAAGCGUAGAGUAUUUGGAGUGCGAUCUAGGCCAGACUGAGUUCACCCCUCCCGGAUGUCUAUCCUUGAACACAGUUACAGAACCACUGCUGGGGCCUCCUUUCACACACCUGCGUGACCCAGAGCACAUGGUGUAUUAUGGUCAGGCAGAUUGUCAGGCUGACAUCGAUCGGUAUCUGGAGUCUCUCAAAUCCCUCUGGCGCCAUGUCAGUGGAGAAAGUCCUGUCAUCAUCAAUACUAUGGGCUGGAUCAGAGGCCAUGGCUUUCAGAUACUGAUCGACCUCAUUCGCCUGUUUUCUGUUACGCAUGUGGUACAGCUGAGUUUUGGAAAUGCACCGCAGUGUCAACUUCUUACCCCAGACUUACUCAGAACUGCCCGUGGCUGGCAGACACACCCUCCGACGCCACCCACCUUGACAGAGGAGCCAGCCAGCCACCCCUCCAUUCGAUCUCAUGUAUUUUUUAGUGUCCAAUCAGAAUUUGAAGGUGCUGGGACAUCUGGAGUAAUGCAACAUCAGCGCAGUAAUGAGCUGCGAGACCUGGCUCUGCUCAGCUACUUCAGUCAGCUGCAGUCCCCAGAACCUGGCCCCAUCCGUCCGCUCCACUGCCUCAUACCCUACCAGGUCCCACACUCAGCAGUGGCUGUAGGUGUAACACACUGUGAGGUUGCACCCAACAACAUCCUCUAUGCGGCCAAUGCCAGUAUAGUGGGUUUAUGCUGUCUCAGUGAAAAGGUUAUGGGUAGAGGAGGUCCUGUUGUACUCUCCCAAACUCCAAUUUGUCAAUGUGUGGGCCUAGGUGUUCUGAGAGGGGUAGACAUGGCACGUGGUUUGUACUUUCUGGUUACACCAGUGUCCCCCUCUGUGCUGAGGCAUGUGAACUGUCUCCUGCUGGGAGAGAUCACUCUGCCUAAAAUAUUGCUUACCAAGCAGCAUGGAGUUGAAGGAGAUUUACCUUACAUUACCACAGACUACAGUUUUGAAGUCCAAGGGGCAGGAAAGCUUCACAUCUACAAGGGAUUGACAAGGCCUGGUUUUAUAAAGUCAAAUAACUAAGCUCUUCUGUAUGGACUCUGCUUUCUGUGAACAACAUUUGUAUCCUUGUAUUUGUUAUAAACCCUAAAUAUUCGGGUAAAUUUGCCAUUGAAUGUACAAAUCCACUCAAGUAUUUUGGCUUUUGAUCUGUAUACUGUGGGGAGAUGGAGUGUAUGGGUGCAUAUGCUGUUUCUUUAUCUCUUGUUGAAUGGCUCCAUGUUUAAGAUCCAUAUGGGAAACUUGUCCUCAUGUUUUGAUUCGCUGUACUGUUACAGUUUGUCAACAUGUCAUUAAGAGACUUUGUUUUCUUUUACCAAGUCACAUUCCCAAACCAAGAUAAUGCAGACCUUAAAAUAUUAAAGUGGGUUUCAUUUUUGUCAAGAAA